GUUCUAGUCCCAGCAGCACAGCCAUGAACCCGGAGGAGCAGACUGUCACCUGGCUUAUCUCUCUGGGGGUCCUCAACUCCCCCAAGAAGAACAUCUGUGACCCAAUAGACUUCUUAAAGUGUUCUCUAAAAGAUGGGGUGGUGCUGUGCAAGCUGAUGAACAGGCUGCUCCCUGGCUCUGUGGACAAGUUUGUUUCAGAACCAAAAAGUGAAGCCGACUGCCUUGAAAACAUCCGAGAGUUCCUAAGAGCAUGUAGUUCUCUCCGCGUCGAGCUGUUUGAGGCACAUGACCUUUACGCUGGCGAGAACUUCUCUAAGAUACUGAACACACUUACUGCUGUCAACAGAGCUACUGAAGAAGAGUCAUUGAAGAGGCCAUGUUCUCGAAGGACUUCACAGUCGCAUAGCUUUACAGCAUCCUCUCAGAUAAACACUCAGGGAACAGAUAGUUCAGCGCGAGUACUACGAAGGCAGUCGAAACCGAUGGACAUGACAGGAAAUGGCAGUAUUCAGUUAAUUGUGAAAGCAAAGUUUAAUUUCAAGCAGCAGAAUGAAGAUGAAUUGUCAUUUUCCAAAGGUGACACUAUCCAUGUCACCAAAGUAAUAGAUGGCGGCUGGUGGGAAGGAACACUGAAUGGCAAAAUGGGCUGGUUCCCCAGUAACUAUGUAAAAGAAUGUAAGCCUAAUGAUAAACCACUCUCCCCUAAAGGACUGAAAGUUUGUGACAGUGCUCAGCUAACCAAGAACUAUUACACAGAGGUUGUACAGAAUAUUCUGGAAACCGAGCGGAGCUAUGCAAAAGAACUUCAGAUACUGCUGACAACUUACCUCAGGCCUCUUCAGACAUAUGACAAGUUAAGUGCUGGAGACGUCAUGUCAUUGCUAGGAAAUUUUGAGGAAAUCUGCACAUUUCAGCAGACGCUGUGUCAGGCAUUAGAAGAGUGUGCAAAAUUGCCAGAAAAUCAUCAAAAAAUUGGAGGAAGCUUUCUGACCCUUUUUAAUCAGUUCAAGUCUUUAUAUUUGACGUACUGUGCAAAUCACCCAAUAGCUGUCAAUGUUCUCACUCAGCACAGUGAUGAACUGGAGAAGUUUAUGGAGGGAAAAGGAGCCAGUAACCCAGGAAUUAUGUUGCUGACCACAAGUCUCAGCAGGCCCUUUAUGAGGCUGGAGAAAUAUGUCAAUUCCCUUCAAGAACUGGAAAGACACAUGGAGGAAGCACAUCCAGAUCAUAAAGAUGUUCUGCGAAGCACUGCAUCAUUCAAGGCUCUUGUGGCACAAUGUCAAGACCUGCGAAAGAGAAAGCAGUUGGAACUACAGAUACUUUCUGAACCUAUCAAGUGUUGGGAAGGAGAAGACAUUAAGACAUUAGGAAGUGUUGUGUAUAUGUCACAGGUUAUGGCACAAUGUGGAGCGAAUGAGGAAAAAGAAGAACGCUAUUUUAUGUUGUUCCCAAAUGCACUUGUAAUGCUGUCUGCCAGUCCACGGAUGAGCGGCUUUAUUUAUCAGGGGAAAUUACCACUAACUGGCAUGUCAGUGGUUAAGCUGGAGGAGACUGAUUCAAGUUGUAAUGCUUUUGAGAUUACAGGUCAUAUGGUAGAACGCAUUGUAAUCUACUGCAAUAAUAGUCAGGACUGCCAAGAAUGGCUUGAACAUCUGUGCAGGCUAACCAAGUCUCCUGGUUCACACACCUCUUUGUGUAAGACGCCAUCUUGGCCGGGUCACUCAUUUACAGAGCGAAAGAACCCCCCUUCUUCUCAUCACACCAUGUCGGUAAUUCCUCGUGGUCCCCUGGAGCCUCCCAAAAUCUAUAAAACCUGGACUCUAAGUUGUCUCCGGCCAGCUCCUCCCCUCAGACCCUCUGCUGCACUUGGCUAUAAAGAGAGGAUGUCUUAUAUCCUAAAGGAUUCCAGCAAAAGCCCUAAAAAUGUCAAGAAAUUCCUUCCUAAGCGAAAACCUGAAAGGAAAGCAUCUGACGAUGACUCUGCCUUUAGGAAAAGCACUGUAGCUUUAGAAGAAGACGCACAGAUCCUCAGAGUGAUUGAGGCAUAUUGCACAGGAGCUGGCUUUCACCAAAGCCUUAGUUCGGGUACCCGCAAAGAUUCUGCUCCACAGGUCAUGUUACUUGAGGAUGAGAAUCUAAUCAUUGAUGACAUGAGGAGCAAUGGGCAAACUGUCCCUGAGGAAAAGAGUCUUGUAGACACAGUUUAUGCGUUACGAGAUGAAGUCAAAGAAUUAAAACAGGAGAAUAAGCGGAUGAAGCAAAGUUUAGAUGAAGAACAGAAGUCCAGAAAGGAAUUGGAAAAGUUGGUCCGCAAAAUGUUGAAACAAACUAGUGAGACGGCACGUGAUGACCUGGCACAUUAGUUACCACCUAACUUUCUAAAGAGUUAUCACUUUCUUUAAGGACCUUAUGUAAAGAACUUUGGAUGACCCAAUGUGCAGUCGUAUAUACCCUUCUCAGCAUGCCAGGGUUACAGUGAGCCAUGUGUACAUAUAUGGCGGAAUCCAUUUGUUCUUCCUCUAUAGGUUUGGUGUACCUUAAUCACACUAUGGCAGCCAUUUUGUUAGGUGAAUUCUUGUGUGGCCUCUUGAAGGGGUUUUCUGGUUUUUGAAACCAAUGGGCUCCUACUUUUAAAAAGUUCCUUACAUUGGGAACAGUGCUACAUUGACCUAGAUACCGUAUAUACAUCUAAUCCACUGGUUUUAUUUUAAUGUGAAUAAGUGCACACUAUACAAGCCUUCGGGAGGGUAUAAAGUAGAGGCCCAGAGAUUGCUUGUUUUAAUAAUAUUUAUUUACAGUAAACUGGACAACAUUAUCACUAGUAACAUAAUCACUAGUAAAACAAUAUUAAAGGAAAUUGAUAGCUGGACUAUUUGAACAGCCAGGCAAUGGCUUCCGUUACUGUAUUAUUACAGUCAUACUGUAAAUAUAAUAUUCAGCAUGGUCUGAGUUGUCUUCAUUAAGAAUCUACCUUCUUUAAAGGCUGAGGAUAAUCUUAUCAUUGGCUGAAAUAGUUUAAGAAAAGCCAUAUCUAAUGCAGCAUUGAGAUGAACAAUGGAACAUCAAUAUGACCCAGUGGCAUUAUGUUACUAUAUUUUUAGGCCUUCAUCUAGUUGACUGGACACCAAGUAUCCAGUGUGUGUAACAUAGUCACAUUGACUCAGGGUAAGGGGAAGGAAUUGCCAUUUUGUAGUUAAGAUAAACUUCACUUCUUUUUUAUUGUCUACGUUCUAAGCUGGUGUUUUCCCAAGCAGGGUACAGCCGGUUGUGGCAAAACGACAUUUUCUGCAACAGCCAGAAGCACCCUGCUUGAGAAACACUGUUCUAAGCACAAAAAUAUUUGAUUAUUUAUAUAUUUGUCAAAGGUGCAAUAUUGACUCCCUCUGCAAUUGAAAUAUGAAUGGUCAUUUAGAAACAAAAAAAGCACUCACCCCUAUAAAAAAAAAAAAAAAAAAAGGAUAAUAUUUACCAUAAUACUCAAUACCCCAGCUCUAAUUUUCUUCCGUGUCCUAAAAGUGACCACAUUAUUGGUUGGAUUGUAGGUGAAGCCCAUCCAUUUCAUGACUUGUCUUUAUAUAUUGGCCCCUUGUAUCAUGUGCAUUGAGCUUUGUAUUCUUGAAUGGCAGGCUGUGCCUGUAAUGGUGACUUCUUCUUAUGCUAAACCCAUAAAGUGACCUUUUAAAAACAGGAGACUGAAUGUUGUGCCUUGUGAAAGAUGAUUUAUUGGGGGUAGAUAGUUUAGGUAUGUAAAUGAACUACAUGAGACUUUCCAGUGUUUUGUUAAAACUGGUGUAUUGUUGUUUUUAUUUACAUUGAUAUUUUGACAUUUGGAUACUUAUCCACAGGAUAUGUAAUUGUGGAUAAUUGCUGCAGGCCCCCCCUCUGGUCCCACUAAGACAGAGAAUGGACUGUUUUAUGUAGUUCUCUUCACUCCAGUUGACUUUCAUAGGAGUUAUGUAAACAAUAAUGCACCAUUACCUACACUGGUUACAAGACACAGGCUUAAUGCCAUUUUGGCUGUUUGGCCUUUUUGGCCAUUUCCAUUGGCUGCAAGCAGGCAGAAACAGGUUGAGGGGCCUUUGAGAUAUGUGCGGACCUGAUUUUGUUUUUAGACAUUUAUGGAAUAUUCUGUAGAUAUUUCAUAAAUGUCAAAGAAAGAAAUACCUUUUCAGGGUACAUUCACAUGUACAAUGUUUGCUGCAGACCUUAUACUGCAGAUUUGAUAUUCAACUAUUUAGGUACAAUAAUUUACACAGCAUUAAAGGGGUACUCCGCCCAAAGACAUCUUAUCCCCUAUCCAAAGGAUAGGGGAUAAGAUGUCAGAUGGCCGGAGUCCCACCAUUGGGGACCCCUGGGAUCUACCAUGCGGCACCCACCUUUAGCGGCUUCCAGAACCGCUGGAGGUCCUCAGGCUGAGUCCAUCUCGACCACGGGUACGGAAGAUCGUGACGUCACGACUCCGCCCCCAUGUGACGUCACACUCCGCCCCUCAAUGCAAGUCUAUGGGAGGGGGCGUGACAACUGUCCCAGAAAAGCAGCACAGCUUGAACAAGGAAAAACAAGGUGGUGCACGCUGGAUGUGGACCUUGGUGAAUGGCUCACAACUUCAUAUCAAACAAG